GUAUUUCACAGAAAAGAUUAUUCAAUGAUGAAGAAUGUGAUGAAAUUGAGCGGUGUAUCAACGAUGUGGUGAGGAACGGCGAGAAGAAUAUGUACAAUGAACAUACGGUGGACAGAGCUCCACUGAGGGUCAAAUAUUUUUUUGGAGAGGGAUACACAUACGGAAAGCAAAUGAACCAAAAAGGACCUGGACAGGAGCGUUUAUAUCAAAAAGGAGUUGUUGACCCAAUUCCUAGCUGGGUGUUUAAGAAGCUAGUAAAGCCCUUAGAAGAUUGUGGUAUGAUCAAGAAGAAGUGGAUAACGUCAGCUGUGAUCAAUGAUUAUUAUCCUGGUGGAUGCAUCGUCUCCCAUGUUGAUCCUGCUCAUAUAUUUGAACGCCCCAUCGUCAGUGUUUCGUUCUUUAGCACCGCAGCCUUAUCAUUCGGUUGCAAGUUUUCAUUCAAGCCAAUCCGAGUGUCCGACCCAGUGGUGUGUCUUCCCAUACCUCGUGGAGUUGCGACAAGCAUUUCAGGUUACGCAGCAGAUUCUAUCACUCAUUGUAUCAGACCACAAGAUAUCAGACAAAGGCGUGCUGUUAUCAUAUUAAGAAGAACAUUUGACAAUGCACCACGGCAAGGAGAGGAUUCUUCUCUUGUGUCUCAUCAUAGAACAUUAAACAACCAUGAGGAUCGAAGAUCUUCAAACAGGCAUCGUCUUUCUCUUGAUUCUCAUAGAGAUCGUAGAAAACAUACUCGAAGAUCGCCACGAAGAAGUGAAGGUAGUCAUCGGGAUCGUGAUGAGAGAGCAUCCAAACGAAGAAAGGAAGAGAAACCUGAAGAAAAGGAUAAGAAAACUAAGAAAAAAGAAAAGCAGAAUGUUGAAGUUAAAGUGGUAUCAACAUCACUUGUACAAAUAUCCAACAGAAAACGAGCAAAACCUUUCUUUAUGUAAACAAUAUCACUGCUUACUUGUUUGUGUGAAUUAUUGCUGACAAUUAACUAAAAAAGAGAGUUUAGAACCCAUCUCCUUGAACAAAAAUGUUUUGUAUGUUUUUUCGCUUUUCACACUUUUUUGUCUGGUUUAAUAUUCAUUCGUUGGUUUGCUCAACAUUUAUUCUACUAGGUUAGGUUCUACCUUGUUGUUUCAUUGGAGCUUGUUUUAGUUGAUUAUUUCAAAAUGCUUGCUUAACAGGUCAUACUGUCUGAUCUACUGUACAGAAUGUUUAUGUUAUCACACAAAGUACUUUUAAAUAUUGACGUAUGUACUGUAUAUUGACUUUAAUGUUUACAAACCGACACAUCCACCCAAAGGGAUAAUAUAAAGAUCAGCCAGGUAAGGUA